ACGGCAGACCAAGGUUAAGAGCUCUCUCUGCACAACAUACUGGGAAUAAACAAUGCGCUUUGGGUCGCUUUUGUUCAACUCAUGGUAACAACAAUUUAAACCGUUUAAAGCCACGUGAACUCCGCGCUUAGCCCCACAGACGAGGACCCAGGGACGCACCAGAGUUUGGGACUUUUGGACGCGUUGCGUUUCUUUCUGUUUCAUUACGCUCGGGGAUGAUUUAAGUUUCCCGAGGAGAGCACAAGGGAUGUGAGUCUGGAGAACACUUCUUGGCGUUAAAGGAGUGGUCAUCGCGUUAAAAGAGAAUAAAGGGAAAGCGUUGAGUCAUUUUGGGUGAUCCGAUAAAAUGCAGCAUCCCUUGGAUAUGGGAGCGCAUUAUUACCCGCCCGAAGCACACCCCGACCACCGGUCACACCGCUACAGGAGUUUCAUGAUCGAGGAGAUCCUGACCGACCACCCGGAGCGCAAGGUGUCCACCCCGGCCGGGGAGCUGCUCAAGUUCGGCGUCCAGGCGCUGCUGUCGGCGCGGCCGUUCCACAGCCACCUGGUGUUAAAGGCCGAGCAGGCGAGCCUCCUUAAGUUCCCCAUGUCCCCGCUCUCUUGCUCGCUCGGGCCCAUGGGCUCGCCGCUACUCUCCGGGCCUCCGGGCAUGCAGCUCGGCUCUGCGUCGCACCACCUGCCGCUAGACCUCCACCUCCGCAGCAAGCUGGAGCACCACGGCUCCGACGGCAGCAAGACCAAGAAGGGCCGGCGCAGUCGGACGGUGUUCACGGAGCUCCAGCUGAUGGGGUUGGAGAAGAGAUUCGAGAAGCAGAAGUACCUCUCCACGCCUGAUAGAAUAGACCUCGCAGAGUCGCUGGGCCUCAGUCAGCUACAGGUGAAGACGUGGUACCAGAACAGAAGAAUGAAAUGGAAGAAAAUAGUUCUCCAAGGAGGGGGACUAGAGUCGCCCACCAAGCCCAAGGGCCGUCCCAAGAAGAACUCCAUCCCGUCCAGCGAGCAGCUCUCGGAGCAGGAGCGAUCGCGGGAGCUGGACCGUCAGUCCGAAGCCUCCAGCUCCCACCUGGACAUCGACGCGGAGGACGAAUGAUAUCGGACGGCACUAAAUUCUUGACCCUCUCCUUCUUUGAGACAUGUGGACUCAAUGCGAAUGGAUCGUCACACCAGACAAUGGACUGCAUAUGGGACCCCUUUUGGUCCGAUCUAAAAAGCCGUGAGGCAACACAUGUCCUACACGCCUCUCUGAACUCAUCAGAAGGUGCUUGCGGAUGGUGAUGGUCUGCUAUGGUCCGAGGAACAUUCCCCUAAUGCCGGACUUCUUCUGUAACCUAUAUUGGCGCAAAUGGACAUGGCCAUCCAAAGGCUGAAGCAGAGUGUAUCCUGCUGUAAAGUGGGACUUCCAUCCAGAGAAGAUGACAGUAGGACGCGCUCUCAUGCGGAGGAAGGGAACACGCACUUGUUGCAUUUGCGAUGAACAUUGCGAUAAAGGAUCCGAUCCACUCCUACUUAUCCGUUUUGCAUUCCUGUUUGUGUAACUUGUAUGUUUUAAUUAUUAAAUAUAUUUUCCUAAACUAUGCUCUUUUUCCCAAUUUGAACUUUACGCAUUAUCACAAGCCGCCCUACAACACAUCGACAUGAGGGAUAUCAUGGUGGUCGUUAAAAAACUGUCGGUUAGUUAUUUGUUAGUAGGCUACAACUGAGAACUGCAAUACUAAAAUUAAAUCGAUUUAUUGCAAACACAACAGGGCAUAACUUGUAUUAUGGUUUGCAGCAUGACGUUUCUAGGAGGCGGAGGGCUGGAUUUAGUAGAUCAUCUAUUAAAGUAAUUUAUGAAUUAAUGAUCCGAGGUCUGGAAGCUGUAAACAAGAAGCAAAUCUGAAAUCUCUACGGAACACAGUGUUUAUGUCCUGAUGGAUGAAGGAUAAAAAAGGCCAGUGCGCUGACGUUUGAGAAUUGUUUGCAAUCCUAGGCAGUUCAAGGUCAUUAAAUAAUUUACAGAUUUACACCGACGGUUUUCGGAACAUUAAAGGAAAUUGUUUUAGAGUUGUGAGUUGGUCUCAGAUCAAAUUUAAAUAAAGGACUUUAAAUCUUCCUUUACAAUGUUAAUUAUUUUUGCCUAUGUACAAGGUUAAAUCUAAACACCGUUAUCUAUAUAAUAAUUUUCCCAUUAAUGAUGCCUAAUUGAAUGUAUAUUUUGAAUGAUUCAAUAGUUAAUCAUAAAUGUUAUAUUAUAGGCCUCCCUCACAACACGAAAGGAAGUUGAGUUUAUAUUUGGCUCACAUUAAAAACAGGUACAGCCAG